AUGUAUAAAGUUGAAUCAUUGACAUUAGAUUUAUUUAAAAAAGCUUCAAUAUUUGGACCUAAUAUUUUAUUGUAUAUAAACAACAAUCAAUACAACAAUUGCUAUCUUAUAAAUGCAUUUCAAUCUUUAAUUAACAACAUAUGCAUUGAAUUGGAUGAAAGCCUUGAAGAAAUCAAUAUUGAAUUUUUAUUUAAAAGAAUAAUUACAUUUUAUAACAAAAGUCGACAAAAAACAUGGUGUGAAACAAAUGAUCUAGUUCCUGAAAAAGGUACUGCAAGCCUUAGAGAAAAUCUUAAGAUGAUGUAUUCAAAAAA